AGUGAGAGCGAUUGAGGGUGUUGAAGAUAAGGUAUGUGUUGUAUAUGUUUCAGCAUGCAAAUUAAAGCAUUGCCUGGGUUGGGAAACGGGGUUGUGGCCAUUGACAUUUCAGUGUGACAGCCGGAUGAAUUUCUGCAUGUUUGAGAUCCAACCAAGAGAGUUUGGUUAGUUCUUUAUUUGAACCAAUUACUUGCGCUUUUGGUGGGGGAUGCAAUUGUGUUUAGAAUUAGAACUACACGACAAGGUACAAACCCUCAAAAAGAUAAACAAACAGGUACCCUGCAGGAACAAAGCAAGAAAGUAUUGGGUAUGCCUGGAGAAAAUGGUCGACCUCUUCCACAAGUGGUCUACCACUUUAGUCAACCGGUCUACUACUUCCGUAAAUUGGUCGACCUGAUGACACACUUACCUUCAAGUGGUCGAUCUCUUCCACCAAGUGGUCGACCGACCACUUUCCAAGAAAUAAUCGACCUUUUCGACCAAGUGGUCUGAUGUCACAUGUGGCAGAUGACAUGGCGCCAACAAGGUGACAACAUGGCGGCUGCACAUGUGGCGUGUAUGGAAGACUAGUAGCAUAGAGAUGCUCCUAGGAUUCUCCACCUAAAUGAGAGCUUAAUGGUGCACUUAUGAGUCACAUAAUGGGUGACAUUUAUAGAGUGCAUAAUGGGGGGACUUAAUGGGUGUAUUGAUGUAGUAGAGGGACAUUAUGAGGGGCAUUGAUGCCUUGUAUGAGGAGAGGCCUAUAUAAGGAGCCAUCUCCCUCACUUGUAAAUCAUCCAUCAUUUUUGUGAGCAAUACAACUAUAGAGUUCUCCCAUCUUCUUGUGUCUUGUUCUUGUGAGUUGAGUGAGUUUGAGAGCUUGUGAGAAGGCUGCCUAGCAUCUCUAACGGAAUCGAGAGCUAGGGCCGCACGACCAAGAGUAAGGCCGUGACAGUUGGUAUCAGAGCCUGGUUCUGAAAGAAGAACCGGUGUCCUCACUCCCCAAGAAGGAAGAUAAGAAAGAGCGAGAGCCUCACCAAAGAUGUCGGGAUCAGAAGUCAAUGACGACGUUGAGAAGCGUCGUGGCAGAGAGCCUACCCCAACCGGGAGGCCGAAAGACAAGUCGAGCACUCGUGAUCCUCUCAAGUCCCUAGAGAGGCGAGUCUCGAGGAUGAAGGUGAAGAUUUCCGAAGAUAUCACUUCCAUCGAGGAUUUGGGAGCUAAUUUCGCCCAAGUCGAAAGCGAUUUUCAAGGUAUGAAUGCUCGUUUGUCGAGCUUGGAGAUUGGUCAUGAUGGCAUACGAGAAGAGCUUGUGGCCCUCAUCAACAACACCAUCAACACAUCCUUGAACAACGCCAUUGAAGUUGUGAAAGAGCAUGUCCAGGCUGAGCUGGUCGGCGUGAAGGAGGAGAUUGCAGACCUCAAGAGUGAGGUCACUCUCGUGAAGAGAGCCAUGGCUAACGGACCUGCCAUCGCACAACCUACCUCAACCAUGGAGAUUCCUAGACCAAAGAGCUUUCAAGGGUCGAGGAAUGCAAGGGAGUUAGAGAACUUCCUAUGGAGCUUGGAGCAAUACUUCGAAGCUUCGGGUAUUCGAGAUGAGAAUACCAAGGUAAAAACUGCACCUCUUUACUUGAGUGAUGUUGCCAUGCUGUGGUGGAGAAGGACCCAAGGCGAUAUCAAUAAAGGGGCGUGCGUGAUGGAGUCAUGGGAUGACUUCAAGAGGGAGAUCAAGAGGCAAUUCUACCCAGAGAAUGUUGAGUUUGAAGCCCGGUCGAGACUAAGGAGGCUUGCUCACGAAGGAGAGAUUCGAGGGUAUGUGAAAGAGUUUUCUGAAUUGUUGCUCGAGAUCCCCGACUACACCGACAAGGAGGCCAUGUUCACCUUCCUUGACGGCCUCCAACCAUGGGCGAAGUUGGAGCUACAAUGGCGAGGCGUGCAAAGUCUUGCCGAGGCAAUGGCGAUUGCCGAGUCCCUAGUCGAGUACCACGAGCCGGAGGAACGUGCGGAGUUCGGAGGCAAUGGAGGUGGACGCGACUAUGAUAGAGACACACGAAGGCGUGGCAGACCGGACCAAGGAGGUAGUCAUAAGGUUGAGAAACCACUUACUUGCUUUCUUUGUGAUGGUCCACAUCGUGUGAGAGAUUGCCCAAGAAAGCACAAGUUGUCGGCAAUGAAGGCCGUACUGGCAGAGUGCUCGAGCUCGGAAGAGGAAGCAGAGGAGACUCCAAGGGUGGAGCCCCAUGUCGCGAAGAUGGGUUGCAUGAAGAGAUUGAGCGCCAUCAAGCGGGUGAAAGAGCCUCUCCAACCCGAGCAGCACGGCCAAUGCUUCGUAGAGGCGAAGCUCAACCAAAGGAAAACAAAAGCCUUGGUUGAUACUGGGGCAAGUUGCAACCUUCUUGACGUAGGUGAAGCGCAGAGGCUAGGCAUCACGUACGAGAAGAAGCAAAGAGGGUGGAUGAAGGCUACCAACUCAAGGGCCACAAGAACUCAUGGAGUAGCGCGCCAAGUGCCACUCAAGCUUGGAGGAUGGACCGGGGUGGCGGACUUUGAGGUUAUGUCGUUGGAUGAUUAUCAGGUCAUCAUCGGCACGGAGUUCAUGGUGCGGGAGAAAGCUUUCCCGAUUCCCUACGCCAAUAGAUUCUGCAUCAAUGGCGGAGCAAGAUCGGUUCCCAUGACAAGAGAGCAACUCGAGUCAAACAAGAGGUGUUUGGCAAGGCAAGAGCAGCGAGAAGUGGCAACGAUGGUGGAGGCAGAGACUCACUCGAAGACUCGUUGGAGAAGGACGAGAAGGAGGAGUGCACAACAUCGUGGAGCCAUGAGAGACGAGGAUGUAUCAUCUUCGACUUGCCAAGAGAAGCAAGGAAAGGCCACCAUGAUCGAGAAAGCGGGACACUCAAAGACGCGACGGAGAAGACCGCGGAGGAGUGUGCAACAUCAUGGGAGCACAAGGCUCGAGAGCGAGCCAGGGCCAUCCUUGGUUUGGAGGAAGGUGCAACGAGACCUUGCAAGCAAUGAAGCUAAGGCAAGGGAGGCGUCUGCCAAAGAGCCACGACGAGGGCGUCGUGGAUUGAGUGGAGGAGAAUGUCGCCAACGAGGCUCAAGAGUCGAAAGAGGCUGCUCGAGGUCGAAGGAGGCAUUUCGUAGCAAGGACGCGACGAGGGCGUCGCGAGCAUAGGUGGGGGAGGAUGUCACAUGUGGCAGAUGACAUGGCGCCAACAAGGUGACAACAUGGCGGCUGCACAUGUGGCGUGUAUGGAAGACUAGUAGCAUAGAGAUGCUCCUAGGAUUCUCCACCUAAAUGAGAGCUUAAUGGUGCACUUAUGAGUCACAUAAUGGGUGACAUUUAUAGAGUGCAUAAUGGGGGGACUUAAUGGGUGUAUUGAUGUAGUAGAGGGACAUUAUGAGGGGCAUUGAUGCCUUGUAUGAGGAGAGGCCUAUAUAAGGAGCCAUCUCCCUCACUUGUAAAUCAUCCAUCAUUUUUGUGAGCAAUACAACUAUAGAGUUCUCCCAUCUUCUUGUGUCUUGUUCUUGUGAGUUGAGUGAGUUUGAGAGCUUGUGAGAAGGCUGCCUAGCAUCUCUAACGGAAUCGAGAGCUAGGGCCGCACGACCAAGAGUAAGGCCGUGACAGUUGGUAUCAGAGCCUGGUUCUGAAAGAAGAACCGGUGUCCUCACUCCCCAAGAAGGAAGAUAAGAAAGAGCGAGAGCCUCACCAAAGAUGUCGGGAUCAGAAGUCAAUGACGACAUUGAGAAGCGUCGUGGCAGAGAGCCUACCCCAACCGGGAGGCCGAAAGACAAGUCGAGCACUCGUGAUCCUCUCAAGUCCCUAGAGAGGCGAGUCUCGAGGAUGGAGGUGAAGAGGUCGACCAUAUUAGUGAAGAGGUCGACCGUUUUAUCCAAAUAGGUCGACCAUAUGAGUGAAAAGGUCAACCGUUUUGUCCAAGUCAUGGUCACUUGCAAGUCACCGUAGCAAAGUCCAAAUGUAUAAUCAUAUGAUAAAAAUAUAGAAACUAAUAUUAC